AUGGGGCGGCCUGUACUACCCAUGAGUCUCUUGACCAGCACGGUUACGGGGAGGGUCUUGCAAGCCGCACCUGCAGCAGCAGCAGCAGCAGCACCUGCAGCAGCAGCAGCAGCAGCAGCGGCUCCUUGUGGAGUGAGCUGCUACUACGCCUCCCGCCGGCCUUUUGGGGGCCCCUUUGGCGCCCUUAAAAGAGGCCUAGAGCCCCAUCUUGCUGCUGCUUCUUUGGGUGGCGGCCGCUUUCCCGUUGCUGCUGCUGCUGCUGCUCCUGCUGCUGGUUGUCUGUCUCCUUUUGCUGCUGCUGCUGCUGCUGCUGCUCCAUUAUCUGUCACUUCUUUGAGUUCUUUUCAAUCUGCGCGAUUUCUUAUUGAAAUCAAAUUCAAAAAAGUCCCCAACAAAGACACGGACCAAAUACCCUUCAAGGUGCUGCGGACCCCCUCCGGCAACUUGCCAGUUUAUUCCCGCAUAAGAAAACAUGGAACUGCAGUCACCACUAUUGUGCGACACGCCCUAGGAGACGUGAAG